AUGGAUAAGCAAGCAUUGAGGAGACGAAAUAAAUUACUCAAAAAAAACAAAGAACGUAUGGAUAUUUUAAUGGGUAUAUCUAAAGCAACAGAAAUAGAAAAAGAUGAAGAAAAGAAAUUGAAAAUAGAAAAAAAUGAGAAUGCUGAUGAUAAUAAUAACCAAAAUAGUAAUGAUAAAAAACAAGAAAAUGAAAAAUUAAAAAACUCAAAUUUAAAUAUAAUGAAUGAAACAAAUACAUCUCCUGUGACAGUAUCCAAUUCAGACACAAUAAAUGAUAUCGACCUGAAUGCAAACCAUACAAAUGGAAAAGAAGAUAAAACGGAUGGGAAAGAGGAUAAAACGGAUGGGAACGAAGAUAAAACGGAUGAGAAAAAAACCGAUUUUAGCGAAAGCACAAGCCAAACAAAUGGGCAAGAAGAUAGUGAAAAAAAUAAAAUAAAAAAAAAUGAAAAUUGUUUAACUCAAAGUAAUGAUAAGAAAGAAAGAUCUAAUAUAAAAGAAAAAAAAAAUAAAGAUAUAGAUAAAACAAAAGAUAAUAAUAGUAAUUUAGAUAACAAUGAUACAAAAGAAAAUGAAAAUACAACACCAAUUAAAGUUGAUAGAAAAAAAAAAAUUCAAUUUUUUAUAUUAAUAAUAUGUUCUAUGUUAAUAAGCCUUUUAAAACGAAAAUUUUAUGAUAACAAAAAAAUUGUAUAUAUCGAUAAAUCCUUUAUAAAUAAAAAGAUGAUUUUUCGCUUUAUGAAUUCUAAAUUUUUUUUAAUUUUUUUUUCAUUUUUAUAUAAUUUAUUAUUUUCUCUUGUCGAUAUACGCUCAUAUCUUAAAAAAAAAAAUAUGACAAUAUAUGAUAUAGUAGAAAAUAUUAAAAAUAUAAGAAAUAAAUUCAAAAAUGAAUCUGAAGCUUUGUUUUUUCUUUUAAAUAAUGGAUCAACAUUUUCUAUUUUUUUCGUGAAUAUAAUCAAAUCAUAUAUAUUAUUUAUGUUUUUAACUCAUUUGUUUGAUGAUAUAUUUCAUAGUUAUUCUGUUUUUACAUCCACACCAAUUUUCCAAAAAGUAAAUACCAUAUAA